UAUCCAUCACAGCGUCCACUACGUUCUAUAAACCCUCACAAUUCCAUUGUAUUUCUGUCUUUCCGCCUGUUUCUGAGAUACCUACUCGCCGUCUUACUGCUGGGACAUCUAUCUCCAGUUGCAGAAACGAACUCUCCUCCGUAUCCACCUAGAAGAGACCCCUCUUCAACUCUGCGGGCGCGCGCAAGCGCAAAAAAACAUCCACCCCACCUCGACUGUCUUCGUCCUCACCAACGCCACAAUGCCUGUCGUUCCUCCAGAGAAAUUAGUUUCACUGCAACGAGCAGCUGAAAGCAUCCGAAACAUCUGUAUCCUCGCACAUGUCGACCAUGGUAAAACCUCGCUCACCGACGCCCUCAUUGCUACCAAUGGCAUCAUAUCUCCGAAGCUCGCGGGCAAAAUAAGAUACCUCGAUUCCCGCCCAGACGAGCAGUUGCGCGGCAUCACCAUGGAGUCCUCCGCAAUUUCCCUAUACUUCUCCCUCUUGCGCCGCGCCGCGCCAGAUGCCCAGCCCGUGCAGAAGGAAUUCUUGAUAAAUCUCAUAGACUCGCCGGGACAUAUCGACUUCAGCUAUGAAGUUUCCACGGCCUCGCGGCUGUGUGAUGGAGCUGUUGUGCUUGUAGAUGCAGUCGAAGGCGUGUGUAGUCAGACCGUAACCGUGUUGCGCCAGACAUGGAUCGAAAAGCUCAAACCUUUGCUCGUUAUUAAUAAGAUGGACAGACUAAUCACAGAAUUGCAGAUGAGCCCCGCCGAGGCCUAUACGCAUCUAAGUAAACUGCUUGAACAGGUGAAUGCCGUCAUGGGGAGCUUCUACCAGGGCGAGCGCAUGGAAGACGACCUCAGGUGGCGAGAAAAGAUGGAAGAAAAGCUCAACGCUGCUGCCGCUGAUAAGGCGAACGCAACUUCGUCAGCUAUAUCAGAGAAUGGCGAUGGUAUUGAUACUACUAACACACCUGCUGAGUACGAGGAGAAAGACGACGAAGACAUAUAUUUCGCCCCUGAGAAAAACAACGUCAUUUUCAGUAGCGCCAUCGACGGCUGGGCUUUCACAGUAAAGCAAUUCGCCGGACUUUACGAGCGGAAACUUGGCAUCAAGCGCUCUGUACUCGAAAAAGUCCUGUGGGGUGAGUUCUACCUCGAUCCAAAAACCAAACGAGUCCUUGGAUCCAAGCAUCUCAAGGGUCGGAAUCUUAAGCCCAUGUUUGUCCAGCUUGUACUCGACAAUAUAUGGGCCGUCUAUGGGGCUACCACCGGAGGUAACAACGGAAAGGGAGACCCUGCUAUGGUGGAGAAGAUUACCAAGUCGUUGUCCAUCACUCUACCUAACCAUAUACUCCGCUCUCGCGACCCGCGCGCCGUGUUGACUAGCCUUUUCGCCGCGUGGCUCCCGCUAUCCACUGCGCUCCUUGUAUCUGUAAUCGAGUAUCUCCCUUCUCCACCAAAAGCCCAGGCCGAGAGAUUGCCCGAGAUUCUCGACAACUCACCCGGAUCCGAUGCCAUUUCCCCCGAAAUACGAGAAGCAGUAACACAUCCCGAGAAUAAGGACGGUGCUCCCGUGGUGGCAUACGUCAGCAAAAUGGUCGCCAUAUCCGAGAGCGAACUCCCAGAGAACAAGCGUAGAAACGGGGCGCUCAGCGCAGAAGAAGCCCGGGAACUAGGCCGCAAAAAGCGUGCCGAAAUAGCAAGACAGCAGGCUCUCUCAGAAUCUCAACAGGCGGCCGACGUUGCGGGGCUGGCACACGAUUUCCAAGCCACAACGAUCAACGCAACGGAUACGCCCGAGGAGGAGGCCGAGACGAACGAGGACCCUGAGCACCUCAUUGGUUUCGCGCGUAUCUACUCCGGCACUCUGAACGUCGGCGAUGAAGUUUACGUUUUGGGUCCCAAGUUCACCCCCGCAAAGCCGCAUGCUGCACCAGAGCCGCGGAAGGUCAAGGUCACCGCACUGUACUUGAUGAUGGGUCGAGGACUAGAGCCCUUGACUUCGGUCCCUGCUGGCGUGGUCUUCGGUAUCGGAGGUCUCGGUGGGCAUAUUCUCAAGUCUGGAACACUGUGUUCGCAAUUGCCCGGUUCGGUCAAUCUCGCAGGUAUAACGAUGGGUACUCAGCCUAUCGUCCGCGUUGCUCUGGAACCCGAGAACCCUUACGACCUGAACAAGAUGAUCAACGGACUGAAGAUGCUUGUGCAGAGCGAUCCUUGCGCCGAGUACGAACAGCUCCAGAGCGGUGAACAUGUCAUUCUAACAGCAGGCGAACUGCACCUGGAACGAUGCUUGAAAGAUCUCAGGGAGCGAUUCGCGAAAUGCGAGAUCCAAGCCGGCGAAGCCAUCGUGCCGUACCGCGAGUCCAUUGUCUCCGCGCCCGAGAUGAACCCUCCCAAGGAUCCCAAUCUACCUCGAGGAACCGUCGUUGGCGUCACGACGAGCAAGCAAGUCUCCGUCCGUCUCCGCGUGCGGCCACUCCCACCAAGUGUCACGGAGUUCUUGGGAAAGAAUCAUGGCGCCAUCAAAAGAUUAUACUCGGACCGCAAAGCUGAAGAGGAGCGUCAGCGUACAGGAGAAGAGACUCCCGCUCUAGAAACAACUGCCGACGACGGAAUUGAAGAGGCCGAGCAACUCGAAACCGGCCAUAUUCUUAACCUAGAAGACUUCAAAAGGCAGCUCCAGGCUGCAUUUGGCGAGGCAAAGGGCCAGAAGGAAGUCUGGACGGAUUGCAUUGAGAAGAUCACGGCAUUUGGUCCCCGACGAAUCGGUCCCAACAUUCUCAUAGAUGCCACAAAGGACAGCAUCUUUGGCAAAGUUCUUCGGGAGUCGGACGACCAAGAUGCUGACGAUGAAUCGUCGAGAACUACUUCACACGCCAUCACCCCUCGUUCAUUCACCGACAACAUCGCCUAUGCUUUCCAACUUGCCUGCGCCCAGGGGCCCCUCUGCGCCGAGCCCGUCCAAGGCAUCGCUGUCUUCGUUGAAGAAGUCACCGUCAACAUCCCCGCCGAAGAGGAUCCAGCCGUGGACCGAAUGGGCCGCCUGACUGGAGAAAUCAUCAAGACGACGCGCGAAUCUAUCCGCGCAGGCUUCCUCGACUGGUCUCCUCGCAUCCUGUUGGCGAUGUACAGCUGCGAGAUCCAGGCCUCCACCGACGUCCUCGGGCGCGUCUACGCCGUCCUAACACGACGCCGCGGUACCAUUCUGUCCGAGACGUUGUCGUCUACAUCUUCUGCAUCGACGACAGGUUCGCAGACGUUCACGAUAUCGGCCUUGCUGCCCGUUGCAGAGUCCUUCGGAUUCUCAGAUGAGAUCAGGAAGCGGUCCAGUGGUAGUGCGAGUCCGCAGUUGCGUUUCGCAGGAUUUGAAAUGUUGGAUGAGGAUCCGUUCUGGGUUCCCUGGACGGAAGAUGAGUUAGAGGAUCUGGGUGAGCUUGCGGAUAAGGAGAAUGUGGCAAAGAGAUAUGUGGACAAUGUUAGGAGAAGGAAGGGUUUGUUGGUGAGGGAGGUGGUCAUUCAAGCAGAAAAGCAAAAGACCCUGAAGAGGUAGAACUGGAGAUAUACAAUCUGAUAAAUAGC